UGCGGGAAGAUUCCCACGAGAUACAAGUAAUCAUGUCAUUUCUGCUAGGUCCAGUCUCGGGCGCGCUGGUCGCUGGAGGGAUAUAUUAUGGGUUUUCGAACCUCAUUCAAGCGAGAACGAAGCAAUUAUCCACAGACCUUCACAUCCAAUCGACUCUCCUCCUUCAUUCCCCGACUCCCGCGUGGAUAUCGACAUACCCAUCACCUGCAGCUUCCCGCAUCGAGCAUAGUCCGUUCAUAUCGCUUAUACAAGCUGGCUGGAACGAGCAACUAGAAAAAGCUUUUGCAUUGGGCUGGAAGGAAACUGGCAGGGAAGGAUUAAUGGGACAAUUAGCUCUUUAGUUUUGGGCGCGAAACUGCUUGAACGCUAGUCCAUCUAGAGGAAAUUAUCAAAGACAGAGAACCUUUCGGUGUCGCAAGUCAGAACUUAGGGUCUUGGAAUAUCGGUUUGCCAGUGCGUCGUGCAUAAAUACUAA